AUGCGAGAUGAUUUGGAAUGGAAGCGACUGAGGCUCAGAAAGAAAAUCCGCCCUCAAAAUGAUGAAUGCAAAACUUUCAAAAAUGAGUCUCUUGCCUCUCGGCUGCGGCCACUUACACCCCCUCUUCCAGAAGCCAACGACUCCAUAAAAACAUCAUCAAGUCGCCCAUGGCGGCUGUCACGUUCCAAACGGCAAGAACAGCAGACAUUCGACCAGAAUCAAUCCCCUCUCUUCAAUCGCUUACCAGCUGAAGUCCGAUUACUUAUCUGGGAGCAUUAUCUGAGCAAUCAGAAGCUACAUAUGAUACUCUCCAACCAACAUACGUGGAAGCAAUCCGACUCAAAAAUCAUAGGAUUGUCUUGCAGCGAGAGUCGUGAUUAUUGCCCAUGUACUCAUCAUUGCUGGGGACAGCGAGCCCGACGCCCGGCUGGUGGUUGUGUUGAGGUUAUCAAACACGUUGAUUCACGGUGGCACGAAGAACAUGAGUGGAAUUUCGACACUGGGAGGGUGGACUUUGUGCCACUCCUUCAAACAUGUCGAGCAAUAUAUUCCGAGAGCAUUGACAUGAUGUAUCAAAACAAUACAUUUCUCUUCAACAAUACAUCUACGAUCGUGGACCUUUCUCAUACGCUGUUACCACAGCGCAUGAAUUUGAUUCGAAAUGUGCAACUCAGCUUUUCAGAUCCUGGGGGACCGACGUGGGAGGCAUGCUGUCAGGUUCUGGCUACAAGAAUGCCGGAUCUCAGAAACCUGAUCAUCCAUUUGUACCCUCACGUCACAAAGUUCUUGGACUCUUGGCUUCUGCCUCUACAUCAGAUACAACAAGCCUCGAUUUUUGAGGUUACUCUGAUUAAACCGUGGUAUUUGGAUCCACAGUGGGAAAAAUCAGUUGGGCUUAUUGCUGCUCCAUUCAAAUUUGCGCUUGUUGAUACGCAAGCACGCUGUGUGACUUUUCCUAAUGAUCAAACUCGUACAGAGUGA